UUCACUGCAGCUGCUUAUUUUUUUCGAUAAUAAUUUCGAUAACUUAACAAAUCUGUUCGAGAUGAGUGAUUUAGACGAAUACGCUUGUGUUAGCAGAACACAACUAAAAAUUAAGGACACGACUGGAAUUAAAAAGAAAAACAAGAAGAAGAAGUCUAGUAAAGAGAAGGAAAAGCUGAUGGAAAACGAAGUGAAACAACAAAUACAACAACAACAAACUACAAAUACUGUUGUAAACACUAAAACAAAGGCUGAGAUGGCGUUUCAGAAGAUGCAGGAGAAAAUGCAAAGGCAGAGGAUUCAACAAAAAGCUGAGAUGACUCACAAGCAGAGGGUGGAGCAAUUCAACCAACGUCUAGACAACCUCACAGAACACUUUGAUAUACCUAAAGUAUCUUGGACUAAGUAAUUAGGUUAUUAUUAUUACUUUAAGUUUUGUAAAGUAGCUUGGUAUACCU